CAAAUGUUUUGAUUACGCACGUGUUUUUUUUUGUUUUACGUUGAUACGAUUAUACAUUGCUAAAUAUUUUAAAAUAACAGAAAUUAUCAGAUAUAAUAUAAUUUUUUUAUAAUGGCUAGCAGCUGUAAGAAAAAUAUCACUGGGGCUAAGCGACAGAAAACAACUACACAUGAAACAAAAGGAUCCAUCAGCCGAAAAUAUUUGGAUGAAAAAUACAUGGAAGAAAUGUCUGCUAGUUUUCUUAAGAAGAAAUCCAUGCAUUUUGAUAAUGAAGCAUACGUUUUGAAUGAUCCCUUUUUUUGCACUGUUAUGGGCAAUCUUGUUGAAUCUUCAGAAUAUGUGCAGAAUUUGAAGAAAGAAGUUGAUAACUUAAAAAUGAAAAUCAAACAAAAUGAUUUAUAUAAGUUUAAGCAGUCAGAGGAUUUAGGACGGUGCAAAAAUCCAUGCAUCUCAAAUUUUGUAAAACUUUUGUAUGGAGAUUUAUUAAAAUGGAUGCAAGAAAUAACAAAACUUCCACUAACAGCAAAAGUUGAUGUUUCUGGCUCAUGUUAUUCCUAUACAGAUCACUUACUGUGUCAUGACGACCUACUUGAAGAUCGGCGAAUCGCUUUUAUUUACUACUUGACUUCUGACUGGUCUUUAGAGGAUGGUGGAAGUUUAGAUUUGUUUGAAGCAAUGAAUGGAGAACCUGGAGAAAUUAAAGAAUCUAUAGUUCCAGAACUAAAUAAAUUUGUUUUCUUCGAAGUUAGUCCAGUAUCUUUCCAUCAGGUUGCAGAAGUAAAAACUGAAAAUAAAAGACUUGCCAUCAGUGGUUGGUUUCACGGUCCUGCAUAUCCAUCUGUACCUCAUAAAGAAACACUGCUGUUUACAACUGUAUCAACACUUCCGAUUGAUAUUACUGAAUGGAUAAAUCCUGAAUAUCUUGAUCCAGGAAAUCAAAUAGACAUUAGGGAUGGCUUUGAAGAAAACUCAGAAGUUGAAUUAUCAAAUUUUUUACAGCCACAAAAAUACCAGGAAAUAUGCAAAACUUUUCAAGAUCCGGAAAUUACUUGGGAACAAAAAGGGCCACGGACCUCGAGAUAUUGCUUAACUUUAAAUGAUGCAACAUCUCCAGCAGUUCUUAGGGAGUGCCAAGCUCUCUUCUCUUCAGAAGCUUUUCUUCUUGUGCUUUCCAAUCUGACUGGUCUCAACUUGCAUCCAGCUUGUGAUGAGGAGACUGAUGUUUCUAUGGGUAAAAUCUGUUCAUCAGUAAGAAAAUGGCAAAAUCACUGUUAUACUCUAUUACAUGAUGACAUGUGGAAGCAAGGAGAAUCUUUGCAUGCUAUGAUGUACUUCAAUUGUUCAGAAUGGGACCCUUUGAAUGGUGGUUUUACCAGCUUUGUUUCUGAAGGAGAAGAAGAACCACUUCUUUUAGUUGAUCCAAAACCCAACUCAUUGGCUCUGGUGUUCAUUACCGAAGGCACUGCUAGCUUUGUAAAAUAUGUAAAUUGUAAUGCUAAGAAAUCAAGUUUCAAUGAUAUUUAUAAUGUGUAUAUAGAAAGUAAAUAAAUAUGUU